AUGACUCUCCCUUCUGCUUCGACAUCCGAACAGCAGUCGGCAGACAACUCCACAGCCAUACGCAUCCGCGAUAACCAGCGCCGUUCCCGUGCCCGCCACCGAGAAUUUGUCGAGACGCUACAGCGCAAGGUCCAGGAAUAUGAGCGCCAAGGAGUUCACGCCACUCUGGAGAUGCAGCGGGCCGCACGCGACGUUGCCGUGGAGAAUGCCCGCCUAAGAUCUUUACUCACCCAGAGGGGCGUUUCCGAAGACGAGAUCGAGGGGUACCUUGUGUCCUCAAAUCUGGCGGGAAAGCGGUUUCGAAGCGCGGCGGCUGGUGGGCCUCGGGGCAGAUGGUUCAGGCUCUUCGCGAAGGAGCAUCUCGGCGGCGAGCGAAACCAGCGUGCCCAGUGCGAGGGGCAGCAUCAGCCCAGGACCGGAGACUUUGGCAUGUCGCCACCUGCGACCUUUUCCGCCGCGUCCUCGCCGCAUGAGAUGCCCUGCAAUACGGCCGCGCAGAUCAUCGCAGGUGCCCAGGGGCACGGCGACGAACAACGAGCCCGCCGGGCUAUAGGCUGUCAAGACUCGUCAGAGUGCAUGGUGCGAAAUACAACGGUCUUCCAGGCCCUCGAGGACCGAUAA